GGAUAGAAGCACUGACCAAUCAUUGCUGGUACUGUAACCCCAGGUUGACCCACUCCCUACCAACGCGUACCUUAAAGUUAUUGCGUCCGUCGCGUUUCGAGUUGCCUGACGAAGCCACCUGCCCCCACACCCUCGCUCCCAAUGGCUCUGUCUACGAAUCCCGACAUCUCAGCUGCGCUGUUUUCAACAACCUCUACAGCCAACAGCGACCCCGAUACAGCGACUAGCUUCAAUCGAUCCGAUGACAAUACAGAAGCGAAUGUGGACAUUUCUUCGACAGCUUACUUAGGGUACGAAGGCAUCGAUUGGCAUCGCCUCCUAGGGUAUUUAUCCAGUAAACAAAGAAGAAGGCAGCGGACAGGAUGGGUAUGGGAGCACGGAUACGAUAUUGAGAAAAACAGUUCCGGUCACCGUUUCUGACUCUGCAAAGAGUGUCACCAGACAAAGGCUGCCAUCACCCACAUGUACGAUGCUGCGUCAGUACUGGCUUCUCCGACGACGGCAGUAUCCACGCUUG